GGUGCCCCGUGUGGGACUCCCGGUGGGUCACGCCUAUGACGUCACUAGCGCGCGGGGUCCCCCUGGCGGCGCGGGGCAGCCGGCUCUCCCCCGCGGUCACAUGACCGGGCGGGCGGAAGAUGGCGGAGCCGCCGGGCGCCGCCGCCGAGGACUCGUGGGGGAAGGUGGGGCCGGGAUCGGGUCGGGCCGGGCCGCCGGGUGCCGCGGGGGCGCAGGGCAGCGCGCCGGGACAGGGCUCAUGGCGGCCGGGCAGGGUGGACGCGGCCUACGGCGACAAUGGCCUGGACUCCGCGCUCUUCAUGGAAAAUGCCCGGAAAGGCAGCAUAGUGUCCCGGGCCAACAGCAUCGGCUCCACCAGUGCCUCUUCUGUCCCCAACACAGACGAUGAGGACAGUGACUACCAUCAGGAGUCCUCCAAGGAGUCCUACAAGGACCAGCGCCGCCGGGCGCACACCCAGGCCGAGCAGAAGCGCCGAGAUGCCAUCAAGAAAGGCUACAAUGACUUGCAGGCCAUCGUCCCCACCUGUGAGCAGCAGGAUUUCUCCAUCAGCUCACAGAAGCUGAGCAAGGCCAUUGUGCUGCAGAAAACUAUUGACUACAUCCAGUUCUUGCACAAGGAGAAGAAAAAGCAGGAGGAGGAAGUUUCUACCCUCAGGAAAGAUGUGAUGGCCUUGAAGAUCAUGAAAGUGAACUAUGAGCAGAUUGUGAAAGCUCAUCAGGACAAUCCAAAUGAGGGGAAGAACCAGAUCUCUGACGAGGUGAAGUUCAAUGUUUUCCAAGGCAUCAUGGACUCCCUGUUCCAGUCCUUCAAUGCCUCAGUCUCUGUAACAAGUUUUCAGGAGCUCUCAGCGUGUGUCUUCAGCUGGAUUGAGGAGCACUGCAAGCCCCAGACGCUGCGGGACGUUGUCAUCGGGGUCCUGCACAAGGUGAAGAGCCAGCUCUACUGAGCCUCCCGUGCCACUUCUGUGCCCGUGGGGAUGGGGCACUUCUGCCAGAGGCCAGGGUGCCAGGCACCACCCUGGGCCCUCUCCCUUGUGGCUGUUUUUAAGGUUCUCUGAAUUAUUUAUUGUAUUCCUUCUGAAGCCCAACGGUGGCUGUGCAAACAGUGCUGCUCCACUCGGUGCCUCCAAAUCUUUAUAGGGACUGGGCAGGAGGGGAGGGAAAGGUGGGGAGCAGAGUCUCUGGCUCAGGCCAUGGGGUUGCCUGUGCCACUGACUCUCCUUGCAGAGCUGAUCCCAGAGCAGAUCCACUCUGUGCUCUCAGGCCUGUGACAGCCCUGCUAUCCCCAGGGUGGGCAAGUGUGACAAAUGCAUACUAAAAACCAUGGGUUUCUGGUCUAGCAGUAGGAAUUGCUUUUCCCUGACCCUGUGGGCUGUGCCCUGCCCCUCUGAAGCAGCUGUUUUGAGUCAGCUGUUGCAUUUUGGAGGAGCCUGGCAGUGCUGGCAGCAGGAUGAGCCCAUCAAGAGCUGGGAGCUGUGGCCCUGGCAGCACAUGCUAAGGCCCUGAUGAACCCCAAGCGUGCUGCAUGCGUGAGUCCCUGGGAAGGAGGAGAGGAAGUUCCUGCAAGUGCUGGAACACCUCUCCUUUUCAGAAACUGUGGCUGUAUUGCACAGGAAAGUUCUGCAGCUGUAGCAUGGCAUGGCUGUGUGCACUUGCUGCUCCUUCUUAGAGCUUUUAUACACACACACAUACAUGACCAGUCUUGAUUUGAUUUUUAUUAUUGUAAAUUUUGGAAUGGUCCCACAGUGCUGCCUGUGCCAGCUGUAGAAGCAGCUGCUAUCAGGGACAUGUUUGACCCUGUCCCAUGCCCAGUUUGGGUCACAGCUCUGCUGGGCACUGUCCAGAGUGAUGGGACCAGGGUGCUGCCAGCAGCAGGAUUUUUUCUCCAUAACCAUGUUUGUGCUCCUGCUCCAGGGGCACAUCCAGGGAAUGUUUAUUUCAGGCAGUUUUUCCAGCACUGAGGAGGGAGCGCUGCCUCCUGCUUGGGAAGAAGAAGUGGAAUUUUACAGACCUCCCACGUGAAAGUGAUGUAUUUUUCUAUUGUGAAAAGUAAUUGAAUAAAUUUUACUGAAUGUUUUAAUGAUUUUUCCGAUGCUGAGUUCCUGGAGCUGUGCCCUAGAGCUGGUGGUUUCCAGAAGCCCAUUCCAGCCCCUGUGGCUCACGUUGCUCUCUCCUGGCUCCUGCCCUCCCCACUCCUCAGGGCCUAAACCCUGCCCUGACACCCUCUGAAGAGACAAACACCACAGGGAUGUGCAGCUGAACCAAAAUCCUGGUGUUUAAUGGAUCAUAUUCUCAUGUGACCACUCAGGCAUGCAGCAGGAAGCAGCUAGAACACAGACAGAGCUCUGCAGCCCAGAGAAUCCCUCGCUGCCUUUCCUUACCAGAACACCAGGGACACAGCACCAGUGCCCCCACGUGUCCCCUCAGCCUCAUCAGACCCCAGCCAGGCAGCUCGGUGCACUAGGGGCAGGAAAAAACAACAUUCCACUGCAAGGAGAGGGCCAGUGCCAAAUUACUCCUACCCACCACCCUUCCAACUGCAAAACAUUUUAAAACAAACUCAAAUACACAGGACAAAUCCCAGUCCUGCAAAACCAGAAAAAGAACAACCCAACAGCCGAGUUUCAGAGGCAGCUCUGCAGCAGCUCCCCAGAACAAAGGCUCCCCCAGCACCUCACGUGGUCGCUGGCAGCACGACGCCGUGGUCCUCAUCUGUCUCUAUCCCAACCUCCUC